CGCUUCCCUAAUCAUGAUUUUGACUCCUCAUUAAAAUUUUCAUUUGCCAUUAAUCAAUGUUCUGUUCUGGGUCAUUAAAUACUAAAUUAAUAAUUUAAUUAUUAUCACCAAAAAACAGGCAUAUUGAGGUCCCACAAUUUCAACCCUCUUUCUUUUUGUUUCCCUAAUUCUAUACCCAGUAAUUGCUCCUCUCUCCCCCUCUACAAUGGACCACUUUUAAGCAGAAUUCACAAGAAAAAUGUUGAGGAAAAAGGGUAUCAGUGGUUCUUAAAGAUUAAUCAUUGCCAUGAUUUUUUCAUGUUAAAAGGCUUUUCUUGCUUUGUGGGUUUGUGGGUUUCAUCAAUAUCUAUUCAUGAAUUCAACUUCCAGCCCAUGCCACAACAACCCAGGAGAUGGAAGUAGUGAGGGUUUCUUUUCGAAUUCUGCUUUGAAGAGCUUUUGUGGGUUUUGCAUGAAUUUGAGCAACCAUUUGAAUGGAGUGGGUUCAAUUAUCUUGGAACAUGUUUGGACUUUCUUAUUUUGAGCAAUUAAAAGCAGAAAUCGUUUCAAUAAUGGUAAAUUCAGUGUCAAAUUUUUUGUCAGGCUUGUAGUUGAGCUAAUUGGGUUAUGAAACAGGUCAGAUGGAUACAAAAUCUGUAAGAUAUGUUGUUAACAGCAUUUCUCGAUUCAUUCAUCUAGUUUCUUGCCAAACAAUAAAGGCUAUGCCUACUCAAAAGAGUUACAAAAAUGUAGCCAACUUGUUGAAGCUUUUGAAGCCGGUGCUCGAUGAUGUUGUUGAUUAUACAAUACCUUCAGAUGAAGUCCUAUGUAAAGAGUGUGAAGAACUGGAUAUAGCUGUUAAUGAGGCUAGGGAGUUCAUGGAGAGUUGGUCUUUGAAGAUGAGCAAAAUUUACAGUGUUCUGCAGAGUGAGCCUUUGGUGAUGAAAAUACAAAGCUCUUCACUUGAGAUUUGCCACAUUUUAUGUAGAUUGUUACAAUCAUUUCCCUCUACUUCAACUUUUACUGGUGUUCAGCACUGCAUGCAGGAACUUCAAUGUUUAAAAUUCGAAAGAAUAUCAGAAUGCAUAGAAGAGGCUCUUAAAAGUCAGAGAAAAGGAAUGGUUCCUCCCUCCGAACAUUUAAUAAGAAUUGUUGAGUCUCUAAGUCUGACAUCAAACCAGGAUUUUCUGAGAGAGAGCAUUGCCUUGGAAAAGGAGAGAAUGAUGGCCCAAGUUAAUGGAGUGAAAGGGGAAAUAGAUCAAAUCAACAUCAUUGGCCUUAUGUCUCACAUUCGUGAUUGCAUGGUUAAACUUGAGAGCUUUAAAGCCAUGAAUGGUGUCCCUAUCCCUUCAUACUUCCGCUGCCCUUUGUCAUUAGAACUUAUGUCGGAUCCAGUGAUUGUGGCUUCUGGCCAAACCUACGAUCGGACUUCGAUCCACAAAUGGCUGGAUAAUGGGUUGUCUAUAUGCCCAGAAACCCGUCAAAAGUUCUCACACGCAAAUCUUAUUCCCAAUUAUACUGUCAAAGCUCUGAUAGCAAAUUGGUGCGAGGAAUACCAUAUAAAGUUCUCCAACACUCCUGAGUGCACUAAUACAAAUAUGCCAUUAGUAUCCCAAUCUGAAGAUACAUCUUGUCAAGAUCUCAUUCGUAUGGACAGUUUCCGUUGUUCUUCACACAGUAACGAUUCCAUAUCAAGAUCCUCCCUUGAGGUUGGAAAUGGGUUUCAGAAGCUGAAGAAUGAUGCCUCUUUUAGAUUUAGUGAGGAAGAAUCGAAUGGAUGCCGGAGCAGGGAGACUGAAAACUUUGACCAUUCAUCCCCUGAGCAAUCAUAUGUCCACAGCAGGAGUGAAUCAGCCUCUAGUGCUGUUUCUAGCAUCGAGUAUCCUCCUGCAGGAUCAACUGAUGUAUCAAGGACAUCUGGUAAGCAUGAAAAUGCAAGUGAGUUGUCGGGAGAAAUUAUAUUUGAGUGCCCCACUUCUUUUCCUUUAGCUAAAAAUUCAGAAUUCUCUCCCAUUUUAUCGGAAAAACCGUAUCAUAGGUCCAAGACAAUGGCUGAAAUGGCCAGCAAUAGAAACGGUAAUAACUACCCCAGAACACUUUCCCUUUCAUCUUCUGAGUCAGUCUGUGAUGAUUUGGCCACAACUACUCAUGUUGAGAAACUGGUUGAAGGUCUAAAGAGCCAAUCACAUGCAGCGCAAACUUCUGCUGCAGCAGAAUUGCGGUUUCUUGCAAAACAUAACACGGAGAAUCGUGUCAUUGUAGGCCAUUCUGGGGCUAUUGCACCAUUGCUCUCGCUAUUGUACUCGGAAGUGAAACUAACUCAAGAGCAUUCGGUUACCGCUCCUGGAUUCAAUCUAUCAAUUAAUGAAAACAUUAAAGCCAAAAUUGCAGAAGCUGGAGCAAUAGAACCGCUAAUCCAUGUUCUGAGAACGGGAAAUGCAGGGGCCAAGGAGAACGCUGCGGCAGCUUUGUUCAGCCUCUCUGUUUUGGAAGAAUACAAGAUGAAGAUUGGCCGUUCUGGUGCAGUUAAGGCCUUGGUUGAUCUUCUUCACACGGGUUCACUCAGAGGGAAGAAAGAUGCUGCUACUUCCUUGUUUAACCUAUCAAUCUUUCAUGAGAAUAAGGCUCGUAUAGUUCAAGCUGGAGCUGUGAAGUAUCUUGUUGAACUGAUGGACCCGGCAACCGAAAUGGUUGACAAGGCCGUUGCUCUUCUUGCUAAUCUGUCUACAAUUGCAGAGGGAUGUACGGCGAUUGUGCGAGCGGGGGGUAUACCAUUCCUCGUUGAAGUUAUUGAGACAGGAUCUCAGCGGGGAAAGGAAAAUGCUGCCUCGAUACUGUUCCAACUGUGCAUUAAUAGUCCUAAGUUUUGUCGCUUGGUUCUGCAAGAAGGAGCUGUUCCACCUCUUGUCGCAUUGUCUCAGUCUGGCACACCAAGAGCGAAGGAGAAGGCACAACAGCUUCUCAGCCACUUCCGAAACCAGCGUGAAGGGCCCACAGGGAAAGGAAAAUAAUGAGCAGAGAUGCUAUUGAUGAAGAAAUUACUGCUCCUUUGAUAUCCUAUGACAUGUAUGUUGCUCCCUCGGUCCCUCUUGAGAUGUCCCUUUAGUAACUCUUUUGCAGAUAUUGUUUAUUUUUUAAUCUCUAUACGCAUAGUGCAUGUGAUCCUUGUGACAUGCGAAUGGAACUAGAUAGUUCAUUUGGCUAGUUUAUUCCUUGUAAGUGGUUUGGUUGUCGUUACAGUGUUCCAGUGUGGUAGAUACGUAUGUACAUAUGUUUCGACUUUUUAAAAUUUCUGUGUCAAUAGACGGCUUCAGCUUUUGGGGGUUUCAAGCACUUAACAAACAUAUAUUGCUGCUCGAUCGCUUGAUAUGUACAUAUGUAGACUUUACACCGAUUAAAUUGAAUGAACCAGAAAAGGAUUGUAUAAUUAA